UCUCUCUCUCUCCAAACUACAACGUUUAUGUGCCAGUUUGCUCUCGUUCUAGAACUUUUAUAGCUCAAACUCCAUGUUUCUUAGACAAACUAAGCUGGUGAAGAAAACACACUCUUCCAUCCACUCCACACAAGAAGGAAAUUAGAUUAAUCUUUUAGAAAUUAAUCUCUGCCAUGUCUGGCGGCAACCUGUGUUCUUGAAUUUCUAUUCGUGCUAGAAAAAAGAAACAUGAAUUUGCACUGUUAUUUCACAUUCUUCGCCUUGUUCUAUUCCAAACCUAACUAUACUAUGAAUUUACUCCGAUCGGUUGGUGUCUGUGUGCUAACUUUUUCUGGGAUAGCUUUUGUGCUCCCACUGAAGUACUUGCUACGCGUGAAGUAGACAACAAGCAACGUGUGAUUCCUUUUAAAAAAUUGACCAACCACCAAACUAUACAUCCAGGGGUAUGUCCGGAAAUAGUUUGCUAGCAAAAGACCCAAGUUGAAGCAAUUAGGAUGUUAAUCACCACUCCUCUGCUUCUCUGGGAAAACAAAAUCAAAAUAUCCUACAAGAUACUUCAAAUGUCUACGAUUGUGAUGAGAGUCGAUCUUGACUGUGACAAAUGCUACAAGAAGAUCAGGAAGGUCCUCUGCAAGCUCCAAGACAAAGUAAGCAUCAGGACCAUCUCCUACGACGAGAGGAGCAAGACGGUGACGGUAUCAGGGCCCUUCGACGCCGAUGAGGUCGCAGAGAGGCUCACUUCCGACGCCGGCAAGGUCAUCACCGACAUCCACGUCGUCGGAGGGAACCAGAAGCCCGGCGCCAAGCCGCCCAAGCCCGGGAAGGUCAAUGGCCACGGCCACGGCCAGGGCCAGGGUCACAGUGGCGGCGGCGGGCAUGGCGGCGGCAAGCCGGAGAAGAAGCACGUCAAGUUCGACGACAUGGACGACGACUUCAACGACGAGCCGGCCGACCGGCACGCGCACCACGGACACGGCAAGCCAAAAAUCGUUACCGCCACUCCCGCCGCAGCACGGCUCGAGGCCCCCGGCACCGGCCCGUCAAUGUCGAUGUCGGCCGCGGCGCCCGUGAGGAUGCCGGCGAUGGCGCCGCAGCAGCAGGCGACAGUCGUGCCAUCCAUCUGGCCGGUCGCCCCCGAGUGGGGCUACAGCGCGCCGCAGUACGGCGGGUGGGGUGUCGGCGGCCCACCUGCCGGAGGGUACUACGGCGGGCCAGCGGUGCAUGGUCACGGCGGGUACGGACCGUACGUCUAUGGCAGGAACCCGUACGGGCCGCAGUACUACGACGAGGAGCCCGGCGCCGGGUGCAGCGUCAUGUGAAUAUGAGAUUAUGAACUCAUUACAUGAUCGGCCAUGGCUAGGCACGAGUAUGUUUUUAGGUGAAAUUUCAGUAGGCUUGUGUUUAAUUGGUUACAUGAAGUUGAAUGAAAUGGGUCUCGAUGGACAUGAUGAUCUUAAAUGAGAGGAUACAAGUAGAUUGUUUGGUUAGGUAUAUAGAAGGAUAUGAGAAUGUUUUUGGUUGGAUGUAUUGAAUAAUAUAAGAAUAUGUUUAGUUGAUUAAAAGCCAUGUAUAUUAUAUCCAUGUAUAAUUGAAUUAUUUUACUGAAAUAAUAUUUUUUAUAUUUA